UCUUGGCGUCACGUACAAUCUAUUGGGCUAGGUCCAGCAUACAUGGAGCGCAAGUCUGUCUGGGAUUGGAUCCGUAAACUCCUUGUUCUACCAUUCCUGCCAAGCAAUCAUAUCGCAACAAUGUUUAACAGUCUAGCAGCGCGUGCUACCAAUGACCAACAAAAAGAGCUUGUCCAUUACAUCAGACAACAGUGGAUAGAGUCCGAGUUAUUUCCCAUUGAGAGCUGGUGUGUCUUCAGGUACAGGAUCCGCACAAACAAUGACGUUGAAGGUUGGCACAACCGUCUAAACAGUGAUUGUGGGUACCGGUCACUAUCCUUCUACCGAAUGGUGCCAGCUCUGCGGAAACAGGCCCUUGAUACCGAGAUCGACAUCGAUGAACUACUUGACCAUGGUGUUGGAAGACAACAGCGUCGCCAAACUAGACAUUGUGAGAAAGAAAUAUCCGAGCUUUGGGAUCAGUAUGAAAAAAAGGAACUGAGUGCCACCAAAUUCCUUCAAGGAAUCAGCCAUGUUUAUGGACCAGCCGGGUAUAUGGCUAAGUGAAAAAUAUAUACGACUGUAAAUAUCUAAGGCAUGAAGUGCACGAUUGCUGAUUAGACACACAUAUAAUUUACAAGGAUAUUAUCUUUUAAAUUUGUUUAUUCUGAUAUGCAUUUAAGAAAGCGAACACUUCAGAUAAAUUAAGAAACAUAUAUUUGUUAGGACUGUGUAUCUUUGGCUAAAAAUGACUAUGAGUAAUAUGAGUAAAAUUUCUAAGAUGUGAAGUGGAUGAUUGAUUAUUAGAUAUACAUAUAAGUACAUUUUUAUAUGUUAAUUUGUUACAGUGUUACAUGAGAAUGAAAUGAUAAAUUAUGAAAAUUAUUAAAAAAAGUGAUAUAUCUUUGAGUUUGUUCUUUUCCUUCUUUAAGUUUUUUCCAUGUAUACUUUAAUAAAACAAUACAGGCAUGUGAUAUGUGGGAAUUAACUAAUUGCUAGACAUAAUAGCAUCUCUGGAAUGUGACAUUACUAUCAAACAGUGACACUUGCUUGAAUUGGAAUUUCACAGGAAUGUGAAAGAUAAUAUUAACAUGUAAUUUAAGACAAUAUAUUUUUUUAGAAAUUAUUUUGGACAAUAUAUAUCAUAAAGCAAUGAGAUCAGUUUUUAAACAGACAAAUGUUGUCUCAAAUAUAUGUAUAUUAUCUUUUAAAUUAAAUAACUUCAUAAUACAUUGAAAAAUAUUUUAAUAUUGUUUUAUAAAAUGUAAUGACUGAUACAAAAUGCAUUGACAAACACCUUUUAAUUAUCAUUUUUAAUAUAUGAUCUUUCUACCUUCACAAUAUUUGACAAAUAAUCCUAAAUUGGUCAAUUACAAUUCACAUUAAGUUUGAAACAGAGUUAUAAUAAUUUUAAUACUGUAAUAAUUAAAAAAAUGUUUAAUAAUGAGUUAUUAAUUAGAAUAUAAUAAUUAUAAAUAAAUAUGUUAAAAAAUGAGUUAUUAAUCAGAAAGCUGAAUAAUACAUAAAUCUGAAAAAAGCAAAUUUCAACAAGACAGAAUUUUGAACCAGCAUCCAUUCUUAAAACAUUUACAAAAGAAUUAAAAUCUAUUUGGAAAAUAUCAGUCAGAUUUGGCUAGAUAUUUUGUGUUGAGAGCCUACAAAAAUACCCAAUUAACUUUUAUUUCCCAAAUAAUUUCAAUCUAUUUCAUUAACAUCAACAGUGGAUUAAUAUCCACAUGCCUAACUUUUAAUUAUCAAUUACUCAGUGUAAGUGUGACAAACUCCCUCUAUUUAAUCAAAUCAAUUUCAACUUAAAUAAUCAAUAAUUAUUACUGCCUACACAAUAGAUAUCUAUAGUAUAUAAAUAAGGGAGGUGUAAAGUCCUAGGGUGUAAAGACCUGGAGGAGUAAAGUCCAAGGGUGUAUUGUCCCAGAGGAGUAUUGUCUCGAUACCA